AUGGGCCGACCGAAAGAUCUUCCCCCAUCCUAUGAAGAGACUGUGGCUAGUGAUCCCAAUCUCCCCGCCGCCUCCCGGCCAGCACCACCACCUCCACCACCUGCAACCACCUUCUCCUUCCCUCAUCUCCCCGAAGCCCCCAUUCCUGAAAGUCAACCCUACCACAGCAUCCACUCGGGCAACCGCGACUCUUCCACCGUCACCCUCGCUCCAUCUCUCAGCGAAGAUGCCUCGUCCCUGCACGCCCUCAUCAUCCAGCAAGCCGAGUUCCCGCCGCGACCGUACCUGACCGUGCGCGGUUCCCACACCGAGACCCGCCACGACCACCAUCGCAAGGAAGAUCGCAAGGAGACGAUCGUGGACUUUGCCUUCAAGGUUGAUCUCUACGGAUACAUAAUACGCCACGAGCAUGGAACCCCGCAGUAUGGCGACGACGAUGACUUGGGACUGGACCUGGACCCUACCCAGGAUGGAUGGCAUGUGCUGAGUGUCGUGCGGGAUAAUGAUACACGAAAGACCUACCGUGGGGGACGUUUCAAGUCAGAGACGUGGUCGGGCCGAAGGAAAGGGCCACUGGGACAGCGAAUCCGACAGCGAGUGGGAGAGCGACUGCGCUCACGAUUCGUGCAACUGGAGGAAGGCCUCGAUCACGAGGCGGCCGGGUUGGUGCGACAAGAUGAGGGCGGCCCUAGUUUGAUGGGCUGGUGUGAGCGAUACUGCGAUGAUCCGUCUUCUUUCAAAUUCUCCCGCAGCAUCGUCGGCUUCGAUGGCUCUGUUCUGAUCUCCUCAUUGACAUCCCAUCUGCGCAGUCUGCAAUACAGAGGCGAUAUCAGCAUCACAGUUGACAUGGCGAAUCGCGAUUUAAUAGUAUACAACCCCCACUGGGUGAACAAGCUACGCAACAAUGCCUGGGUGUACUUUCUCUGUAUCAUCCUACAGGUGUGGAUCCUCGCGUGGCCGAUUAUCUUUUUGCUCGAGCGUCGCUACGAUAUCGUCCGGUCGGUGUGGUAUUUCUCGCGAGUUGAGGAGGGCGAAACGCGGUAUGCGCGCCAUCGCGAUGAGGCCGCCAUAGCGGAUGAACUAGCUCCGGCGGUGACGCAGGCCGCGCUGGAGCGGAAUCAGGAGGGGAGGAUCCUGACAGCACCGGAGAUGCAGCUGCUUGAUUCAUUGGGGAGGGAGAGACAAGAGCGUGGCGUGGUCGUGAUGCAGUGGGAUCGGUUCCUUGGAUGGGGUGGUGAUAAUUACUCCUAG